AUGAAGCAGUAUGGAUAUGAGCAGAGUAAUGCCGAUCAUACCUUGUUUCUGAGGCGGCGCAAUGAGAAGGUAACUCUUCUCAUUAUAUAUGUUUACGAUAUCAUUAUUACAGGCAAUGAUCAUGUGGAGAGUACAAGACUCAUGUCUAGACUGAAUGGUGACUUUGAAACGAAGAAUCUUGGAGAGUUAAAAUAUUUUCUAGGAAUUGAAGUAGCAAGAUCGGAAGAAGGAAUUUUCUUGUCUCAACGGAAGUACGUGCUAGAUCUUCUUUCCGAAGUCGGACUGCUGGAGUGCAAACCAGCUGAUACUCCAAUAAUACAGAAUCAUAAGCUUCACGACAGUCCAUAUCAAACUAAUGUAGAUAGAGAUUGGUACCAACGCCUUGUAGGAAGACUAAUCUAUUUAUCUCAUACCAGGCCUGACAUUGCAUAUGCUGUAAGUAUGGUAAGUCAAUUCAUGCAUGCUCCCAAAAAGGAUCACAUGGAUGUGGUUGUUCGAAUCUUGCAAUAUUUAAAGGCAGCCCCGGGAAAAAGUUUGUUUUUCGGAAAGCAUGGUCACCUGGAUGUAGAAGGUUAUAGUGAUGCAGAUUGGGCAAGAAAUGUUACGGAUAGGCGGUCAACUUAUGGAUAUCUUACUUUGGUGGGAGGAAAUCUUGUUACAUGGAGAAGCAAGAAGCAAAAAGUUGUGUCCAUUUCGAGCGCAGAAGCUGAGUUCAGAGGAGUUACAAAAGGGAUAUGUGAACUGCUUUGGUUAAAAAGGUUGAUGAUUGAACUGGGUUACCCUCCAAGAAUAGGAAUGAGACUCUUUUGUGACAAUAAGGCAGCUAUAAGUAUCUCUGAAAAUCCAGUACAACAUGACUGA